GUUUCCCCUCUCCCAUUUCCCUUGUUUCUCCAAAAACUCAAAAAACCCAUAUUUUAUGCACCCGUGCGUGCUCUCUGUUCCAGUAAUGAUUGCUACUAUUAUCGUUUGAUUUUGCCCCUUUUCACGUUUACAGCGUAAUCUGCUUCAACAUCAUUGAUAAUCCGUAUAAAUAAUUGGGCUCAUUUUGAGAAAAACCCCAGCUUUAUUGUGCCCAUUUGCAAAUCCUGGCCUGCUUCAAUGCAAGCCCUUGAUCUCCCAUGUAACCCUUCUCUUGACCCCGAUCCCUCCGCCCUGCCGGAGCAUUACUCGCCGAUCCACUCCCCGGACCUCGAAAACAACACCCAGGGUAAGAAGAGUGUCAAGGUGAAUUAUGUCAAGUCUGCCCAUGAUAAUAAUGGUAAUAGUAAUGUAGUAGUAACUAGGAGGGAGAGGCCGUCGAGGGCAUGUACGCAAAGGGCGGCAGCCAAGCUGCAGGCUGCAGCUGAGGCGGAGGCAGAGAGGAAGAGGAAAAAGAAGAGGAGGGAGAAAUUAACUGCGAGCUUGUUGAAGAAUGAGUCCGAGGAGGAUGGUUAUAGGGAUAGUGAUGAGGAGGAGAACGGAGAGGAGGAUGGCUCUACUUCACCGCCACAGUUGCAGACUAGUAGGGCAAUUACGCCACUGCUCGGAGAGCCAGAGGCCUCGCAGCUGCCUCGGUGGAACACACGCUCCAUGUGGCAGUUGGCUUCUAUUCUCAAUUUUUUGAAUGUAUUUAGGCCUCUAUUGAAUGUUAAAAUGGAGUUUUCAGCGGAGGAGUUUGAGACGGCCUUGAUUAUUCCGAAUAAUACUUUGGCUGAGAUACACAUGCCACUGUUAAAGGCCAUUCCUCCUGUUACCAGAAUGGCACUUAAUCAUUCUACUUGGAUUACCGUUUUAUGUAGAAAGCUGAGGGAUUGGUGGCACUGGGUUGCAGAAGGAGAUCUACCUAUUGUUGCAUCACAUGGGACCGAAGUUGAGGCAUACAAUACACUUGAUCCUGGGAUACGAGUGGUUAUUUUAAAGGCAUUAUGCGAUAUUCGGGUUGAGCAAGAAGAUAUACGGAACCAUAUAGAUGACUCAUUAAAACAUGGUGUUCAGCUCUCAACAUUUCGCAAAGAACGCCUAGGGGGUAAUUCUUAUGGAGUCUCAUAUUGGUACGAAGAUGAUCCCAUAAUUGGCCAUCGGCUAUACAGAGAGAUUAGAAAUGUUGAGGUGAAAAAAGGACGUGGAAAGAAUAUUCCACCUAUUCCCCAUUCAUCAUAUCAAUGGGAAGCAGUCGCUACUAAUUUAGAUGAAUUCCUGAAUGUUUCAGAGAAGCUCUUUUCAAGUAAAAAUAGAACUGAGGUCUCUGUUGGGAAAAAAUUGAAAAAUUACAUGCUUCCUGAAAUUGAGAAGGUCCACAAGAGGAAGGAGAAACUGUUAAAGAAGCAACAUAGACAAGCACUUAUGCUUGAUAACAUGAUUAACAUGGAUGCCAUUGCUGCCGGACGCUCUCUCCGUGAUAGAAAACCUGUGACUUAUACUUUCAACGAUUAUGAUCACUCAAUAAAUGAAGCUAUAAAGGUCACCAAACAGAACAAACAAUCUCCCGAACAUUUUGAUGGAGGAGAUCCUCCCAUGAAACAUGAACUGUCUAGAAAUGGUAGAUUGGAUGUCACAUCACAACACUCUCAAAACCUCACUUUCAGUGCUGUUUCUCCUAAUUCUCCUUAUGAAGAUGAUGAUGAUGACGACGAUGAUGAUGAUGGAGAGUUUUAUGAAGAUCACAAAACUGAAACAUUGGACCGGAGUGAUCGCCAGAAGCAAAGGCCUGAACGUUAUUCAGUGAAAGACUAUGUAGAAGCAGUCUCAGAUAUUGAGGCUGAUUUUGACAGUGAUGAUGACAUAGUUGGUGAAGUGGUUUAUGAUGAUGAAUAUCUUAAAAGACGGAAGCGAAGGAAGAUGUCAAGUAGCUCUGAAGGCGAUGAGGAGUACCACUGGGACGAAGAAAAUCAUGAAGAGGAGGAAGAGGAAGAAGAAGAUGAUAUAUUGAGUUCCAGUGAGGAUAGUGAUGUGCCACGCCAUACGAAAGCAUUGCCAGGCCGAACUAGGAGAGAAACAAAACUUAGGUCAGUUGGUGACCUAAAGUCAGGUCUCAGGCGAAGUAAAAGGGCCACCAGAAAUCGCAUUAACUAUAAACAAUAUGAGAUGUCUGAAUCUGACAAUGAUCAAACAAAACCUGAGAAAUCAAAUGUGCCAAACGAGCCCUCAUACUCAAGUGGUGGCGCAGAGUUCUCAACCGGUAUGCAAGAUUCUGAAGAGAAAAUCAGUAACCAGGAGGAUGUCCAUGCUGAUCAGCUUAUUGAGAUGCAGCAACCCGAGGUGGUCGAGGAAAAGCCACCCAUUCCACCAGAACAAGAGAACCACGGAGAUGACGAUGUUGAAAUGGUGAGCCAAAGAGGUUUUCUUGAUCUAAACGAACUUGCUCCGGGUUCUGGUUGUGAUGAUGGUCCCAACUCAGUGAAAGAUGACGACAGAGAUGGCUUUUGAACAUCCAUUCUACCAAAAUGUGAGGAGUUACAAGUUUUACCCUGGUGAAGCUGAUGCUUUCUGAUUGAUAAUAUCUACAUUUGUGGCAACCCAUGCCGACUAUUAGAGAGUUCUCACUCGCCAAAACUCAACUGAUGUCCCUCGUGCAGUUUAUUUAUCUUUUCCUGCUGGGAGUUGCUUUUUGCUGAGAAGAUGGUGUAGACUAAGUCAGUUCUACAGUAUGUUUUACAUUUAAGAAAGAAAAAAGCAGGAUGUGAUAUGGAUGGGAAACUCUGUUGGGAGUUCUUACUCCUCUGAUGAGAUGUUGUACAAUAACUUAACUAAUAUUUGCAACAAAAGAAUCACCUUUUAUUA